AUGGUAUCAACGACGGAGAAGCCGGAUGAAUCUACGCUGGAUGCAAUCAGGCAGAGGUUGAUGGAGACGGGUCAUUGGGAUCGAAUACAAAAAUUAUUGAGAAACCAAUUAGAAGAGAACGGCUGGGUGGACGAUCUCAAAGAUUUAGCUAAAGAACGAGCUCGAGCACAGGAAACGCCGAAUCUAGAAAACCUCAUCAAGGAGAUAAGCGAGACUGCUCGAGGUAUGAUCAGUGAGAAUACCAGAAGGGAUGUCGCUCAGGAAAUCGAAGCUGUUCUAGAUAGAGAAGUAGAUCAAGCUUAA